AUGGGGGCCUGGUCAGAGCUGGGCAAGUCUUGCCCCGUUACCGGUCCCAUGCUUUGCGCCACGAGUUGCAGGUCCUCUUCCCAAAACCUCGUCCACAAUCGCCUCAACGCACCGGCGUAUGUCACACUCCUCCGACCACAAUGGGCCUUUCUCUCCCACCGAAAUGGCAAACCAUGCCUCUCCGCGCCCUCCAAAAAACCCUUCGUCGCAUCGCCAAGCACAAAUCGAAGGCGCCGAUUCCAUGUUACAUCUUCCGCUGACAACUACACGACUGUUUUGACUGUGCCCACCGGAAUUGGUGCUUCGAUUGGCGGUUAUGCAGGCGAUGCACUCCCGGUUGUGAGACUGAUUUCAACGAUUGUAGACACAGUCAUUACACACCCAAAUGUUCUCAACGGCGCUCUAAUGUAUUGGCCCCUCCCGAACGCGCUUUAUGUCGAAGGAUUUGCUCUCGACCAAUUUGCGGCGGGCAAUUACGCGCUAUAUCACUCUACAAACAGGUCCAAUCGGAUCGGACUGGUUCUUGAUGCUGCCAUGCACCCUGACGCUAUUCUUAGGCACAAGCAAGCAGCGGAGGCCGCAAGGGCUACCCUCGGGCUCCAAGUGACAGACUAUGUAAUCACAGAUCUCCCUCUUCAUGUGAAGAUAGAAUCUAGUGAUUGUGGGCCCUCCUGGGGACAAAUAAGUAAUCCCGAGUCCUUGUUGGCAGCCUCAGCCCGGCUUAUCGCACGCGGGUGCCAAGCGAUUGCUGUCGUCACAAAAUUUCCAGAGGAUGAAGACCCCAUUCAAUUAGCAAAGUAUAGAGCAGGCGCAGCUGUCGAUGCGAUCGCGGGGGCUGAGGCAGUAAUUAGUCACCUGGUAACGCGAGAAUUGCAUGUUCCGUGCGCACACGCGCCUGCUCUUUCGCCGUUGAAUGUGGACAGCUCUGUGAGCCCCAAGGCAGCAGCUGAAGAACUUGGGUACACCUUCCUAUCCUGCGUGCUUGUCGGGUUGUCAAAAGCCCCGAAGCUCAUUCCCACUGCUAGGUCUGAUGCCCAGCCCGACUUCAAGGACAUCAUUUUUGCAGAACAAGUCGACAGUAUUGUCGUUCCAGCAAGCGCGUUUGGGGGUAGUGCCCUUAUGAACCUUGCAUCAGCUAAAGAUGCUCUAGUUAUCGCUGUUGGUGAAAAUAGAACUGCCAUCAGCGUCUCUUCGCGAUGCGUGGGGAUCGAAUCAGAGAGGGUUUUGUUUGUCAAGAGCUACGCAGAGGCUGCGGGAUACCUAGCUGCGCAUAAGGCUGGUAUCGAAUUAUCCUCGCUAGGGCCUUUCGUCCCAAGACUAUUCGAGGUGAAGAACUAGAACAGGUCGUGAUCUGAAAUGAACCCAUCGUAUUUGCAAAAAAAAUGAAGAAAAGAAAAGGUCUCAGAGAA